UGAGCCUAAGCCCUGCCAUCUUCCUGUUGCCCUGUGUCCCCAGGCUCAGGUGGCUUUCCUCCAGGGAGAAAGGAAAGGGCAAGAGAAUCUCAAGACGGACCUGGUGCGGCGGAUCAAGAUGUUAGAAUAUGCGCUGAAGCAGGAGAGGGCUAAAUAUCACAAACUGAAGUUUGGGACAGACCCGAACCAGGGAGAGAAGAAGCCAGAACUGUCAGAACAAGUCUCCAAUGGCCCUGUGGAGUCGGUCACCCUGGAGAACAGCCCACUGGUGUGGAAGGAGGGGCGGCAACUUCUUCGACAGUACCUGGAAGAGGUGGGCUACACGGACACCAUCCUGGACAUGCGGUCCAAGCGUGUGCGAUCCCUCCUGGGACGCUCCUUGGAGAUCAACGGGACCGUGGAGCCCAGUGAAGGGGGCCCCAGGGCCACACCAGGCCCCGGGGGGCUCAGCGGUGGGGAGUCACUGCUGGUGAAACAGAUCGAGGAACAGAUCAAGAGGAAUGCAGCAGGCAAAGAUGGCAAAGAGCGCUUGAGUGGCUCGGUGCUGGAGCAGAUCCCCUUCCUGCAGAACUGUGAGGACGAAGACAGCGACGAGGACGACGAACUGGACAGUGUGCAGCACAAGAAGCAGCGCGUGAAGGUGCGUGUGGGAGCCAAAGGAAGCGCUCCUCCUCCUCCCAGGGGAUCCCCCUGCUUUGUGUACCAGGAACAGGGUGCCCCCGUGGAUGCUCUCAGGGCUCCCUCUGUGGGCUGUGUGGCCUCACCACAUCCCAGGUCCCUGUCGCCUUGCCUCAGUCACCUUCAGAGGAGCCAGGUCUCUACUGUGAGGACCGCCUCUGCCCCGCCUGCACCCUGUUCUCUCCAUCCUCCACUCCAGCUCAGGGGUUCCUGAGAGACCUUUCCUGAA